GUUAUUGCCCCCCUUUAUCUCUUUUACCUAAUCUAGAUUUAUAUUUUUGAAAAUAACAUCUACUAUCAACCUGAUGUAAAGAGUAGCUCAUUGCGACUGACAUCCUCAGGAAAAGAAGGAAUCAUUUUUAAUGGAAUCGCAGACUGGCUCUAUGAAGAGGAGCUUCUUCACUCUCACGUUGCCCACUGGUGGUCCCCGGAUGGAGAAAGGUUGGCAUUCCUGAUGAUAAAUGACACUUUGGUACCAAACAUGGUUAUUCCUCGGUUUACUGGAGGUCUGUAUCCCAAAGGAAAGCACUAUCCAUAUCCUAAGGCAGGUCAAACCAACCCAACGAUAAAGCUGUUUGUUGUCAAUCUAUAUGGACCAACACAUACACUGGAACUCAUGCCGCCUGACAGCUUUAAAUCAAGAGAAUACUACAUCACUAUGGUAAAGUGGGUAAGCAAUACCAAGACACUGGUGAGAUGGUUAAACAGACCACAGAACAUUUCCAUUCUUACAGUUUGUGAGACCACGACUGGGGCUUGUAGCAAGAAAUAUGAGAUUACAUCAGAAGUGUGGCUUUCUAAACAGAAUGAGGAGCCAGUUUUCUCCAAAGAUGGAAGUAAGUUCUUUAUGAUAGUCCCAGUGAAACAAGGUGGCCGGGGUGAAUUCCACCACAUAGCCAUGCUUAUUGUUCAGGCUAAAACUGAACAAAUCAGUGUGAGACACCUGACAUCAGGAAACUGGGAAGUUAUCAAAAUCCUGGCAUAUGAUGAAAAUACUCAAAAGAUUUAUUUUUUAAGCACUGAAGAUUCCCCAAGAGGAAGACAGCUACAUAGUGUAUCAACUGUUGGAUUACUGAACCGCCAGUGUCUUUCAUGCAACUUCAUGAAAGAUCAGUGCACAUACUUCAGUGCAAAGUUUAGUCCUAUGAACAAGCAUUUUUUACUACAUUGUAAAGGUCCAGGCGUUCCAGUUGUUAGCGUGCACACUACAAGUAACCCUGGAAAAUUUUACAUAUUGGAAAAUAAUGCUGUGUUGAAAGAAACUAUUUUAAAGAAAAAGAUUUUCCGGACAGAAAUUAAAAUGCUUCACAUUGAGGAUUAUGAACUUCCUUUACAGUUGUCAUUUCCAAAGGAUUUCACAGAUCGAAACCAGUAUGCUGUUCUGUUAAUAAUUGAUGAAGCUCCAGGCAGCCAGCUGGUUACAGAUAAGUUUCACGUUGACUGGGAUUCGGUGCUUGUCAACUCUGAUAAUGUCAUCGUAGCUCGAUUUGAUGGCAGAGGGAGUGGAUUUCAAGGCCUUAAAAUUCUACAGGAAGUCCAUCGUUGCUUAGGUUCAGUGGAAGUGAAGGACCAAAUAGCAGCUGUAGAAUCAUUACUGAAACAACCAUUCAUAGAUCCUAACCGACUGAGCAUAUUUGGAAAGGGAUAUGGCGGAUACAUUGCAUCAAUGAUCCUGAAAUCCAAUGAAAGACUUUUUAAAUGUGGAACCGUUAUUGCACCAAUCACAGACAUGAAGUUGUAUGCUUCGGCUUUUUCAGAAAGAUACCUUGGCAUUCCAUCUAAAGAGGAAAAUACGUAUCAGGCAUCCAGUGUACUGCACAAUAUUCAUGGUUUAAAAGAAGAGAAUUUGCUAAUAGUUCAUGGGACAGCUGAUACUAAAGUCCAUUUCCAACACUCAGCAGAACUAAUUAAACAUCUAAUAAAAGCUGGAGUUAAUUACACUAUGCAGAUCUACCCAGAUGAAGGUCAUAACAUUGCAUCUGAGAAAAGCAAAUAUCACCUUUACAGCACAAUCCUUGGGUUUUUUAGUGCUUGUUUAAAGGAGGAAGCCCCAAUUUUACCACAGGAACCUGAAGAGGAUGAAUAAGGAAGCCUGUUUGUACAGUACUGAAGGGAGACUUACUUUGAGGCUCAAUAAAACCUUAAAUAAAAGAGACUGUAAGAGUGCAGAUUCGGCAGAAGCUCAAGGGCAGCUAAAGGAUAUAACAGUGGAACAGCACAUUUAGAGACACUGAGCUAAUAAACUGGAAUUUGAAUUCAAAGUCCAAACAUAUUACCGAGGGACAAAACGUAUCCCUUUGUGGAAGGACAACGGUUGGUUACAGUUUCCUGGACAAACUUAGUUUUGCAUAAGUGUAGAGUUAGUGCAUGUUUAUUAUGUUAAGCCUCACUGUUUGUUCUGUAAGUAGUUGCUCUGUUUUUAAUUUAAAUGCACAUCUUUAUCCAUUUUUGCAUUAUGCUCUACCAAUCAUAAAUAUUAAGGCCACUUAUAUUUUAAAAGGUGAGUUGCAAUCUAAUACUUUACUGUAACAUUACAAUAAGUGCAAUUCCUUUCCUGUCUAUUAAGCAUAAGAAAGCAUUGAGUUAAUAAAGGAUGUGAUAUUUUCUAUAGUUUCUGUUUAAAGGGGAAAUAUUGUCCAGUGGGCUAUAUAACAUAAGUAUAAAAACUGAUUUUGUUUUAUUUAUUUAUUUUAAUUUCAGGCAUUUAUUAUCGUUAUUGUACCUAUUAGUAACCAGUAAGGGCAUUUUUGGGAGUGCACUCUUGGUCUUUAUGUAUAUACACAAGACUUCCUAAGCAGAAAAUCUUUGUAUGCUUGAAUAAUUUUUCAAGCCAUAAUUAACAGCUGUGUUUUAACAAUGUCUGCAAUUGAAAUACUUCCCCAAUCCAAAAUGUAUCAUUUCCAUAAGAAAUGUUUGGGUUGUGUUUUGGUAUUGUUUAUAGUAGUUAAUAGUUUGCUGGUUAUACUCUAAUUUUAGAAUAUGCUACUUUGUCAGAUGUAAAUUAGAUACAUAAAUAUUAAAUUAUAGUUUCAGAUAAAGAAAUUUUAUUAACAAAGUAAUGCCAUUGAGUAGUAUUUUACCCUAACAAAGAAAUCUUUGCUCAGAUUCCAUUCUAAUUUCUGUCGAGGUAGCAGGUAACUGGAACAGUCUGUCAGUUUUUAUUUGGUAUUCCACAUCUGCUCAUUAAGAAGGAUUUACAUUCAACAGUGUUACGAAGAAAUGAAAUAGUUUUCAUCCAUGGCCAAGGAAGCUCCUGACAAAUGAAGUUUUGUUAUUUUAUUCAGAUGGAGAUACCAGAAUGCAUCCAUUUAUUUGUCAAGGUGAAUUACAGCACUAGAAAUUGACGCUAUGAAAUAAACAAACCAGUCAACAUAGGUCAUCAGAAUAUUAACAUCAACAAUUGAAAAUCAAACAUUAUGUUCAUUUAAUAUUAGGUAUGUUCCAGAAGGGAUCUGAAGGCUCUUGACAAAUGCUGUGCAACUCACAUAAAUACAUAUGUAAUUUUUUCUCUGGAUAUUAUUUAUUAAUGCUUUUCUACGUGGUUAGGAUUUCAUUUCUUGUGAGAUUAAAAUUAAAGUAAUCAACAUAAUUUUUGGAAAGUAACUUAUACUAUUUAAAAUGCAAAGUUUUGCAUAUUUUAUGAAGA